AUUUGCUGCUGCUGUGUUCAAUUACAUGAUCAAUACUAAAUCUACUCUUCUGGUGGUCGGCAUCAUUGACUUUAAUCCUAAAUGAUGAUGAUCGUCCACUUCCAAAGAUGAAAUGAUACUUGAAUCAACAUGUGGCACUUGUACUAGCGUUCAAUCGUUUUGCUUGGUUGCUCAGAUGCGGGUGACAGUGUCCUAAUACGAAAUCAUGUAGUCGACGGGGGACGCAAAAAGGGGACUGCGGUCCCGAGCGCGCAUCGCUGCUUCUUGAUCACGGAAGCAGCAGUGGUCAUCGCGCGUCGGUAGUGGCCCUUUUUUGUGCUGUCUGCGUGCUUCUGUUGUCGCGGUUACCCUGGUCCGAAUCCAGGUUCAGAAGAUACAAAUUCGAGAAGUCGAGGAAUCGUCAGUGUUGUAUUCGAGGGUAGAAGUGGCACGGCGGAACUUGCUUUCGUGAUUCUGACUCUUUGAUUCCGACCUGUCGUGCAGAAGCGCUGCGACGGAGGUGAGUGUAUGCGCUACGAAGGUGUGACUGUGCUGUGGCGCUUGUGUGCUUCGUUUCCCCCGGGACGCAAUAAUACAAGUACGCAAAGUUCUGCUUUUCCACAGUCUGUUGAUACGAGCCACUACUUCACGCUGGUACCGCCACACAAGACUGCGUCCUUGUCGCAGGUUAACAGUCGACUCUUUCCGCUUCAUCUGACUAGAAGUAGGCGGAACAGCAUCUGAUCUUGGCCAAAUCCUAUACCGCUCUUACAUUGUUGCUGUUCUCAUCAACCGACUAGCAGGCAUCUAGCAGAAUCGAACGCGAGCAUGGUGACCAUCGGUCCCUACACGCUGGGAGGCACCCUGGGUGUCGGCACCUUCGGGAAGGUGAAGUUGGCGGAGCAUCUGCUGACGGGGGAGAAGGUGGCAGUGAAAAUCAUCAAUAAGCUCAAGAUGGAGACUAUGAACAUGCACGAAAAAACAAGAAGGGAGAUUACGAUAUUGUACUUCUAGAUUUACUACUCAGUAUAAUAGGGUUUGUUCUAAAUUUCAUCGUCACGGAAAACGGAUUUCGAGUACUUCCAAAAAGACUCAUUUACUUCCAAAACCGUGUGGUACAACUGGUAUGUAAAAAUCAAUAUUUUAGUGUAGUUGAGGGCUACAUCAUUUCUAUGUUAGAAUCACGACGACAACCAUGCAAAUCGAUUUCACGACUUCUCAGCUCGCAAAUCAAUUUCACUUCUCAACCUGACGAACAUGUGAUAACAGGCAGCUCCUGAAGCAUCCACACGUUAUACGGUUGUACGAGUUGAUUGACACACCUUCAGACCUCUUCAUGGUGAUGGAAUAUGUGGCAGGAGGCGAACUCUUCGACCAUAUCGUACACAAAUUGCGACUGAGGGAGUCAGAUUAAGGCUGGAUGUUGGCUGGAUGUUCGCUGGAUGUUCUUAUUCUACUAUCCAACAUUUGCAUUUCUAAUAUCGAGGACGGCGUUUCUUCCAGCAAAUAGUCGCAGGCGUGGAGUAUUGUCACGGCAAUAAUGUGGUGCACCGGGAUUUGAAGCCUGAAAACUUGCUAUUGGACACAAACUUACAUGUGAAAAUAGCGGAUUUCGGGUUGAGUAAUCGGAUGAGGACAGGAGAGUUCCUGAAAACGAGCUGUGGCAGUCCCAACUACGCGUCACCAGAAGUCGUCAGUGGGAAAGGUGAUCAUGAUACAUGUUGACUAUGAGGAGGACGAGUUGCUGCUUAGGUAUGAUCGAGCUACACGAUCGAAGCAUUGACCACUAGAAAGCUUGUGUGAAUAGUUGUUGAAGAAAAGACACAUUUAUCUUGGCCUUUCAGUCUGACAGAAAUAGCUGUCUCUCUCUUUUUUUUUCACCAUUAAAGCAAACAAAUCACAAACUCAGCCUACGCCGGUCCGGAGGUCGACGUGUGGAGCUGCGGCGUGGUGUUAUAUGCUCUUCUGUGUGGUAGCUUGCCAUUUGAUGAUGAGAAUGUGCCGAACUUAUUCCGGAAAAUCAAGCAUGGGAAUUUCACACUGCCAGGACACUUGACGAACGAAGCAAAGGACCUCAUCGUGCAAAUGCUUGUGGUGGAUCCGACAAAAAGAAUAAACUUCCCGCAGAUACGCAGCCACAAGUGGUUUAAGGUACUACAUGACGAUGCUUUUAUUAAGGUCUACCUGAUUAUUUGGCAUUUUCUUACGGUGACGAUAAUUUCAACUUUUCUGCAAGUCUCUGGAGCGCGCACCUACCGCGGGCAGCGUUCCUGAGUCAAGAGCGCCGCUUUGCCAAGCCCAACCCAAAAGACCUCACCCACCAUUUCUGUUAAUGGUGGGUGAGGUCUUUUGGGUUGGGCUUGGAGGCGCGGCGCUUUUGCCGGCCAACGCGCGCCCGCCGCUUGCAGAAUAGCUGAGUUGGCUGCUGGUCACGAGAGCAGAGGAUGAUGGCUGCGCCUUUCUUUGCGCGAGUCGGCGCGACUGACUUGAAGCCACGCACGGUGCCGGGUGGGCUUCGGUGUGGCGUUUGUGUCUGCUCCCGGCCGGCUCUGGCGGCCGUCGGGGCUGGUGGUGCUUGAGGCCCGCCCCUGCUCAGGCGUCACCGUUUUACAGCGACAGACCCCGGCCUCUACGUUAGCUACCCAAUUAAUCGGGAGGAAAGGCUCCUUGUUUAAAGUAACUUCACCAUCGUGAAUGUGCCUACAGGUGAAUCUCCCCGACUAUCUAUCCGCCGGCCCGGUCUUGAGUAGGAGAGAGGGCACAAACGUGCAGGCCGAGCUUGAUGAGGGGAUAAGAAGAGACAUGGAAGAAUUAGGAAUCGAGAUGACGGACAAAGCCCUAUUCGGAGACCUCAGUUCUGACGAAAGAGUGGUCUAUCACUUACUCCUCAACAGGAGAUCAAAGCGGUCAAGCUUCACGGAUUUACUUCCAGUGCACCACAAAAAUGCGAGUAGCCCAUUGGUUUUGCUGAACGAGACGACAGCGAAGGAACUGGUAGGUGGUUUUGUUGUGGAUCUUCGAGAUUUGAUAUGCGAAUUUUUCAUACGUAUAGAUUCAAUGAAGUUGUGGAUUUUUUUGGUAACAAGAAAAGAAAGACAUCAGCAGUGUUUCUUGAGAUGACAUAAACAUUGCUCAUGGCGACUGCUUGAAAUCACAAACUAAUCAUUUACAUUGCUCAGGCCAAAGAGUACCAGUUUGAGAAAGUGCCGCCUAUUAUUCCUGCAGCCGGUGAUACGCGUUUUCAGCGAGGAGGUGGCGGUCCGCACACCAUCAACAUACCACAGAACGUAGUUUCUCAGACGUGGGGUCCAAGCCGCUUCAGACUAGGGUUCGAAUUCGGCUUAGAGUCCCUACUUCUAUUGAGGGAAAUAUUUUCCGUUCUACAAAGGAACGACUACGAGUGGUGUAUUCUAGGAGCAUGGAGGCUGAGGUGUAGAAAAAAAUCGUCGGGGAGUACGAAAAACAUGCAAUUCGCUCCGCCAGAUAGAGGAAAAGGGUUUAUGGUGAAAGGCUAACGUUUCUAGCAGACAACCAAUUUUCAGAAAUCUAUCACUGACCUUUUUCUUUACCCAUCUGGUAUCCGUUUCAAGAAAUGACAACUUCUUUUCAUUCUCUCCAUUUUCCAAUCGUUCUUGUGCUCAUCCUCUCUACCUCCUCUUUCCUCCUCCUCUUUGCUUCUCCUCCUCUUUCCUUCUCCUCCUCUUUCCUUCUCCUCCUCUUUACUUCUCCUCCUCUUUACUUCUCCUCCUCUUUCCUUCUCCUCCUCCUCCCCCUCCUGGUUAAGGAAGCGGGUAAACGAACCCUAGACUAAACCUUUUCCUACGUCCCUCUUCGUCGAAUAAGCUUUCAGCGGAACAAGGGAAUGGUGUUAGACUAAGUUGUGCGGAAUGCCGUUAGUGACUAAGUGGUGCUUUCAUAUGUUAGACUAAGUGCUUUCAUACGUUCCUCUUCGUCAGCGGAAGUGAAUGCCGUAGUCCAGGUCCAAGUGUAUAAGAUCAAUACUGGUCGUUACCUAGUGGACGCCUUGCUCGGAAACGAGACGUGCACAACACUUCCCGGAACCUUGAGCGUGGUAAACCUCAUGAAAACGUUGUUGACGAGUCCGGUUUUGGCGCAGAGCUUGAUUACGGAUCAGGUACUAGUAUUCUACUUAUCAUUUACGGAUCAGGUACUAGUAGAUGGCGCAGAGCUUGAUUACGGAUCAGGUACUAGUAGAUGA